AUGCAGGAGACAGAGGGACGGAGGGGGGAGGAAAAGCAGGGAGAGAAAGACACAGCAUGGAUGCGGCGACUCUGUGCAACAGCAGAUCAGGUUGUCCUGGCUCCUACAGAUGCUUCACGGGACGCUGAGGACGAGGACGAGGUGACCAACAUGUCAGUCUCCACGGUAACAGACUCAUACCCGUCCAUCGACUGGCCGGUGGUCUCCGUGACCCCGGCGGGUACUAACGUCACGGAGCGGGAGCGUGACGCCGUGCUGGCAGCGGCCGAGGUGGUGGUGCUGGCAGUCAUCUUGGCGAUGGCGCUGCUCGGCAACGGCCUGGUGCUGGUGGUGUUGCUACGGCGGAGACGACACCACAACCCGCUGCACCAGUUCAUGCUCAACCUCUGCCUGGCGGACCUGGUGGUGGCUCUGUUCCAGGUGUUGCCUCAGCUGGUUUGGGACGCCAAGGGCCGCUUUCCGGGCCCCGACUUUCUGUGUCGCCUGGUGAAAUACCUGCAGGUCCUCGGGAUGUUCGCCUCCUCUUACAUGAUCGUGGCCAUGACGGUGGACCGCCACUACGCCAUCUGCUGCCCCCUGCAGGCGCACCGCAGUGGGGCCACCCAACGCUGGAACUCCUUCGUCGUGCUGGCCUGGGGGCUGUCACUGCUGCUCAGCCUGCCACAGGUUUUCAUCUUCUCCCGUUCAGAGGUGGCUCCAGGGGUGUACGAGUGCUGGGGGAACUUUGCUGAGGCCUGGGGCCUCAAAGCCUACGUGACCUGGAUGACGCUGGCUGUCUUCAUCCUCCCCGUCCUCAUCAUCACUGUCUGCCAGGUGCGAAUCUUCAACGAGAUCCACAACAAUCUGUACCUGAAGUCGGAGCGCCGCCUGUCCCCCACCUCCCUCCCUCCAUCCAGACGGGACAGCCAGAGAGGAGGAGGAGGAGGGGAAGGCAGCAGAGGGAGGUCCAGUCUCUCCCUGUGUGUUUCACCCCUCACGUCCAGCAACCCUGUUAGUCACCCCGGCUUUGGCACCGGAUCCACCUGUCAGCACCUGCCCCUGGGUCCGCUCAGGUCCAGCAGCCGGCGGCCUUACGUGCUGCCUGACCCUGCGGCGCCCUCUGCUGCCCGCUGCCCCCAGCCCAAAGCCCCCGCCGCCCGUGCUGGAGGGGUUUCAGCGGCCAUGUCAAAGACAGUGAGGAUGACGCUGGUCAUCGUGCUCGUCUACUCGCUCUGCUGGGCCCCGUUCUUCAGUGUCCAGCUGUGGGCUGCCUGGGACCCCGACCCACCUCAGAAUGGUGCGGUGUUCACCUUGCUGAUGCUGCUGGCCAGUCUCAACUCCUGCACCAACCCCUGGAUCUACUCGGCCUUCUCCAGCAGCGUGUCGCCGGAGCUGCGCCUGCUGCUGCUCUGUCGCACCCGCACGCGGCGCCGGGGCUCCUCGCCGAGCGACUCCACCGCCACGCACACGUCCAGCUACUGAAGCC